AUGCUUUCCAACAGAACAUUUGUAACAGUAACCCAUGCCCUGGAGGGAACUUCAUCUGUCAGGUGGGCUUCACAGCUAAACGCUACCGAUGUGUUUGCCGUGAUGGUUUUAAAGGAGAAAACUGCGACGAAGGUAUGACUGAUCAGGUUGACUUUGUUGUUUUGUAUGUCAGCAGCUUGUGUUAGCACAUUGUUUAACUCACAAUCUGCGCAGUUCGGUCUCUUUACUUAAACGUGGUCAAUGUGCCGGGUUUUAGAGAAGUUAUUUUGGAUUUUUCGCCUUAUGCGAAUUAUUAUAUUGCCCCAGCGUAUAGGUAGGGCUUUUAAGGUGGUCCAAUACUGACUGAAGAUGGUUGAGACUUCGGACAUGGAGUUUUUCCAUAGGGUGCAGGUGACAUCCUGAAUUCCACCCGAAACUGACGUGAUAACUGUCAGGUGGUUAGCCUGUGUACUAUGCGGAUCGCUUUUUCGCAACUUUUUGACUUGAAAUUCUUGAAGCCAUCUGGGAACGCACCCGGCCCGGCUACUAACAUUUGUAAAUGCUACCGGUGAGGCUUUAGAACAACCCAUCUUAUUUCAAACGGUCUUAAAUAUUUAUUUUCAAAUCUUUAUGGUAGUCUUUUUUUUUUUUUUUUUUUCGCAUUUUCCCCCUUAAUUUGUCCACACAGCGAUCAAUGAAUGCAAACUUGAUACAGAAUGUGGAGGUGAGUUAUUUAUACUUAAUACAUGAAUUUUAUUACAGACGUAUUUUGCGUCAUAUUUCUCUAAGUUUCCCCUCCCCCUCCCUGUUUAAAAAAAUAACUACUCGCAGCGCUAUUCAUGCACGCGCUUCUGACACCGGAUAUUUUUGCCUUUGUUUGAAAUUCAAGUUUUGCUGUCAUUUGUCUCCAAAAAUCGUUAAAAAAUGAAAGAAAAGAAGAUGUUCAAAUAGUUCUGCAGAAUUGAGCUUAUUGUUAUUACUUAGGACCAAUUAAAUGCAAAAUAUUAGUUUCAAAAAAUUUCUCAUUUUUUUGCAUACGGCUAAUUCCUAAUUAGUCCUUAUUUGAUGGUUAUCAUGACCCCAAAAACGCGUGCAGUAGCUUAAUAGAGAAGUACCCUGAGACAUAAUGUGUGCUUCCCCGUAAGAAAAUUAACAAGAAAAGCAGUUCCGUUGACAUAAGCCGUGAUUAUCCAAAGCCCUUAUCAAAUGUAUUAAGAAGAAAAAUAGGCCUUAUAAAAAAUAUCUGCGGAAUCCGACAAUAGAUCGUCAAUCAAUUUACAAAAGCUAUAAAAGCAAAUUAAAUCAUUCUCUGCCGAUAGCAAAACGUCUAUACUACGCGAAAAACUUGAAUAAUGAUUAAUCAUAAACCCAUGAGUUUCUGGUUCAAUCUAAUACUCGUACUACUUGGAAAGUUAUGAAUGAAAUUCUAAACAGAACGAAAAGACAUUCCAAACGAUGUUCACUGACAUUUAAGAGGGUCUCAAUGGGGUGGUGGCUUUUACGGUUAUCGGCUAAAAUUUUGGCUCUUUUACGACUAAUUUUUUUCAGUUACGGUUAACAAAAAAGUUUAACUUCUUUUGUUUCAAAAGUUAAAUAUUAAUUAACCUGUAUUUUUUGUAUCUUUAAAUCAAAAUAAUGGACUUCGGAUCAUCUCGGAAUGAAACAAGCUAUUCUUUUGAAAAAUUUUAACAUUUGAUAGAUCAUACUUUUUAUAAAGUAUUUCACUUCUAAUAUUAUUUUACACAUAGAAAUGUCAAUAGUCAAUUUAGAAGUAAUCUUUGUGAAAAAGCAAAAGCGGACACGCAAACGCCCAACUCAAGGCCGGGGCGCGACUUUCAUUAUAACAGAAAUGGCCGUUUUCACACUAGAGACGGAUUAUUUGUGUGAAGACGGUCAAUAACAAAAUUCCCGUGUCCAGUGUUUUAAUGAUAGCGAAGGACUGUACGGAACGACUGACUACCGUUGCCUUGUCCGUAGGCCUCAUUAUUCCGCGCGGCUAAUGCGUUUCGGGUCACGUGGUCCGAGCGGGUUCGCCACCGAAAUGCCUUGACCGAGAUUGCGUGGGAAGACGCCAUACAGGGACUAGGCCUGGCAAUGUCUACCGUAGCGUCAGAGAAAAACAGGGAAAUGCUGUUUAUCGGCAACGUAUUUUACAAACAGUGACAUCUCUGCGUGUUGUCUCACUAGUGUUUCGAGGGCUGACCUCCUGCAAAUCACAAAUAUUAAUCCCCAGCAAGAAGCCACACUUUCGCUAUGGAAAAAAUUAGUUCCCCGAGAGAGUGGGGGAAAUGGAGCCUUUAGCUAGGUCUUGGUCAACACCUAAAACGCGCUUAGCCUAACGUGCGUACGGAGUCACACUGGCCGGGAAAUAAAAAACGCAACCAUAAGUGAGUUUAGUACCUCCCUUAAAAGUAGCAAAUCUAGGGAACAGUUUCUUUUACGGUUAACUCUUUUUUACUCUAUUUACGGCUAACGGUUAAAAUUUUCAAUUUUUACGGCUAUCGACUAAAUUUUUGGCCGUUUUACGCCUAUCGGUUAACCCCGUUGAGACCCUCAUUUAAAGCUGAUGAUCGUGAAAUUACUGAUCCCGUCGAAAUUGCCAACAGGUUUUGUAGUUACUUUUAAAGCAUUGGUCCUAAUUUAGCAAGGGGUAUACAGUCUACAGCUUCAGACCGUAGCUUUCUUAAUGGUUCCUGUACACAGUCAAUAUAUUCUUCAACCCUACAACCCAAUACGUCAUCGCAGUCAUUAAGAAGUCCAUUAUACUCGUUUCCGAACCACUCACCCAUAUCAUAAACUUGUCUAUUCAGCAUGGUAUUGUUCCUGAUUAAAUGAAAAUUGCUCGCGUGAUACCUAUUUUUUAUAUCUGAUAAUCAGUCGUCUUUCACCAACUACCGACCUAUCUCGGCUUCCCAGCUUUUCAAAAUUCCUAGGAAGAGUUAUCUACAAUCGUUUAAUGCAAUACCUGACGAAUUUCAACAUCCUCUGUAGUAGCCAAUACGGCUUCAGGAAAAAUCAUUCCACUGCUCUCGCACUAAUCUACUUGCAUGAUAAGAUCUCCACGGCCUUUGACCGAGGUGAAUUUGCCGUAGGCAUUUUUCUUGACCUCGCAAAAGCCUUCGACACUAUAGAUCAUGUUAUUCUUUUUAAUAAACUCGAACAUUACCGUAUUCGUGGCUUAACGCUGGACUAGAUAAGAAGUUACUUUUCAACCAGAAAGCAAUAUGUUGAAUACAAUAGCCACCGUUCGUUUUGCCUGCGAGCAGACAUCUCCUAUUUCCUCUGUUGCACGCGGAAAAGGGACGUCUGCGUAACGCCGUCGCUAAUCGUGUUCCAGCGUCCCGCUGGGUUCCCAAGAUCUUGGGAACAUGCUGUGAUAGGCUGACACACAGUGCGCAUUGUUUGACUUAACGCUGAUUGGUUGUUAUCGAAUCUGGUCUGAUAAUGUAUGCGGUGUUUAUAUAAUCGGGGUUUUCCAGCCAAAACAAAUCAAAACAUGUGCCAUUGUGUGCAGACCUUUCGAAAUCUUGUGCGAGACCGCGGAAAAUUUAACGUGUUUGAGGAAAUUAUUUCUUUACAAUUUACUGUGCAUGACACAUCACAUCAUAUUUGUAAACAGUGUCUGAGAAAACUACAAAAGCGGCGUGGACUUCGCACCAGGCAGACAUUUCGGAGAAAGCCAACCAAGGAAACUAAAAUCUUUAUUUAGCCGUAAUAAACAGAGGUCAAAGAAAAUUUAAACACUUUACAACUGCAUCUGAAAUCAAAUCCUACCUAGAACACCCACAGAAGCAUAAACCACAGAAAUGAUUACUCAGUUUGCCUGUAACAAACCUGCUUCAUGACCUCUAAAUGUGAGACUUAAUGCGGCAAAAACGAGAUUUACUCAGUCAAAGUUUAAAAUGCUACAUGCACUGUGUGGAGCCAGUAACCUUCGCGCAAGAGAGAAAAGAAGAAAAACCUCUGUCCAAGCAGACUCUCAAGGUCACGUUUCGCAUUACUUGUCGGUAGUACUUGGAGUACCCUUAUCACGAGCUUAUGAUGUUAUGUUUGGCGUGUCCACUCUUAUUUGUAACCGGAUAUUAUUUCACAAUUUAUGCGAAAUAGAAUACCCUGCUAGCGGGAUGCUGGAACACGAUUAGCGACGGCGUUACGCAGACGUCCCUUUUUCCGCGUUCAACAGAGGAAAUAGGAGACGUCUGCACGCAGGCAACCGUUCGUUAAGAAAUGAAAUCUCAUGAGGGGUUCAUCGGGGGUCUAUCCUCGGACCUCUAUUUUUCUUACUUUACAUUAACGACAUUAACAAUGCUUCUAAUCCAUUAAAUUUAAUACUGUUCGUGGACGAUACCACGGUAUUCAUGACACAUAGAUCUAAACUAUCUUUCAGAUUUGUCUUGCUAUUCUGCAAGAGCGCAUUAUUAGAAUUAUUAAUAAAUCACAUUUCAACGCUCAUACACAUCCCGUCUUUAAGGGCCUUGGUAUACUAAAAUUUAAUGAUAUCUAUUUGCUUCAACUGGGCCAAUUUAUGUUUUCUUGCACAGGUUCAUUCUUACCUCCAAGGUUUAACAACAAUUUCUCCCAAAACAAUCAAUUCCACUCUUACAAUGCAAGAAAUUCCCAGGCCUACCGCCUACCGUAUUCAGCGGUCGAACAAACACUAAGAAGUUCUCGCCCUUUUUUCAAGGACUUAAGUUUUUGAAUUCACUUGACAACGAGGUCAUCAACUCUCAACCCCCUUCCUGUUUUAAGAAAAUACUGAAGAUUAAAUUAUCAACUAAAUAUGAAAACAGUUCAUAAAUCUUUCCAUCUUCGACUUUUCGCCAUCUUGUUUUGAAUUGAUGUUAAACAGCUCUAGCCCGUGGUUCAAGCAGGCCAAACUUCUCAUAAGCUCCCAUAGUUUCUGUUAGGUCUUCUCGCCACGUCUUUUUUCUACUUAAAUUCCUAUAUUAUUUGUAAUUGCUUCUAUUGUGUGGCAAAUAAAAUAAAAUAAAAUAAAAAAUGAAUGUAUAAAAUAGAAUACCUAUGAAAUAUCAGCAUUAACCCUAUGCAGACCUGGCUUUUUUUUCUUCACGCGACUGGCUGGGAGGCCUCGGAGGUCCCUCUCCAUAACUUCAAGUCAAGACCGCUCAUUCUACAGUCACCAAGAUUACACACGAUAAUGUACUCAUCAUCUCUAACUUCUGGGCUCAACUUGAUUGAUCGAAUAACGUUAUCUGACGUCAUUAUGACGUCAUAUUUUUCAGUAUCCAGUAUCCAAAUUUUCUUUAAAGUAGACAUAAAGCGAAAAAUACUUAUUACAAUAAAUGGUUAAGUCUCUAAUAAAAACAAGGAAGUUGGCUAACACAUAAAUGAUCUUUAACAAUAGCAAAGAUGUCAUUAUGACGUCAUUUAUUUGGAAGCAUGCACUAUCUUGGAUCCGCCAGUUUUAGUUAUUUAAAUGUAUUCCAUUUUACUCGCAUGUAUCUAGGCACUUUAACAGAAAACUUAAUCUGAGUAUAAAUUGAUGCUUAGCAAGCAACAAAAAAAAAAAAAAACCUCGAAAUAUGAAAUUCCGAAGGAAAUUAACACUGUUGAAAAUUUAACUCCGCAUAGACACCAAAAAGCCUGGAUUACGAGAACUUUGAUAAAAUAAUGCUAACCUAAGUGUAAUAUAAUAAUUCGAUCAGCAUAAAUAGAAAUGCCACCUAUUUUUAAGAGAGAAUGAAAAUUUUGAAAAACAUGGUUGUCGAAACUCGCUUGCCAUGGUAACAUCAAUUUUGACGUACACGUCACGACGAUUUUAAAAUGUUUCCAGGUGAAUUGUAGGAAACGUCGCUUAGUUCGGUGGUCCUAGCUGGAACAGUUCAGAAGUAAUGUUCAACAUCGUUAGCGAGGGGGUCUCAAAAGCUUCGCCGGGGUUUAGUAGGGUUAAAACAACUAAAAACAAUAUAGUGUAUGAACUGAUCGAAUUUCAAAAAGCAAAUUAACCUGUCAGCAGUUUCAAAAUACCCUCCAACAGUUUCAUCAACAACAGAGGCUCCAGAUACAUCAACAGCAUCUUCAUCAGCAACUCAAUCGGGUAGGUAUUUUCCUUACGUUAGGAUUAGCUCAUAAGUAGAGAACUUGAAUACACUGAUACCGUUUUAGAUACUUAAUUUCAGAGCAGUAAUGUUUUGUUUAUGAUACCUUAUUAUACGGCUAAAUUCGUGAGCGGGCAAGAUGAAGCAAAUACUGUGUUCUGAUGGGCAAUCCACCAUCAGGAAACUGCCUCUCGGGAUUUACCGCGUUGGUCCCGCAAGCACAGGAUGUCAUUUUUUAAGCCAUAUAUAGUAAAUCCUCGAUUGACCAAGCAUGAGGUCAAAAUGGCCGGCUGGAUAUAGUUGGCCUUUUUUCCUUUUCUUUUCUUUUUCUUCUUCCUUUUUAAUUUUCAACUGGACUUUAUAAACUUGCAAAGAAAAUAAAAGGUUUUAUUUCCAAUAUUUAGCCAUCAUGACCCCAACCAUGUGAUUCCUAUUUACCGAUAGCAAUCUGGUACAGUCACUUACAAACUGGGCGAGGGAAAAACAAUGAGGAAAUAAGAAAUAUAAUACUCAAACAACUGGAAACAAUGUUGUGUCAGUAUCCUUAUCUUGCUCCUUAACAGAUGCAUCGUCAUCAGAACCCGCAGUGAUAUCAAAAGCAGUUUCCACAGCUUCAUUAGCUUCAACAAACCAACCUUCUCAACAAGGUAGGUAAUUCUGUAUCGUUGCUUCGACUUAUACUGGCCUUGUCCGGAUUUUUUUUUUUACCUUGAAUUCGACUUGGUCCAUGAACUCGCCCCCUCCCCCAUAACUAUCGUUUCUUACGAUCUGGUUCUCUUUUUACAAAACCACUAAGUUAUUUACUGAUGGCAAUUCUGGCACUAGCACGCAAUGAGGAAUUUAGAAAAAUUUAAAUACUCAUUCACAAACAACUGGAAACAAUCUAGUGUGCGUAUUAUUAUUGUGCUCGUCAACAAAUGUAUCUUCAUCAUCUCCUCUGAGUUCCUUCGAAGAAGUACUUAAGCCCAGCUAUAUUCAAGCUUUGCUGUUUGACAAACCGAUCACAAUCAUAGGCGAUCUAAACUGCGAUGGCCUCAAGAAAACAGGCCCUGAAUUCAAAGCUCUGGAGAAAUUCUAUACGGAUAUGAACCUGAAACAACUCAUUACAAAACCAACCAGGAUAACAGCGACCACUCAAUCCCUGCUCGACGUUAUCCUAGUCUCCCCCAACAAUUCAGUGCGUGAUAGCGGUGUAAUACAUCGACCAAUUAGUGACCAUUCAAUUGUCUCUGUCAAACUCAAGGUUAAGAAACCCAAGACUACCCCUCAGUACAUUACCACUCGAAGUUACAAGAAGUAUAAUGCGGAUCUCUUUGUCACGGAUCUAGCUAAUGAAGCGGAUUCCCUGCUCACUAUCUUCGAUCAAACCGAUGUAGACUCUAAGCUCAAUAUUUUAAAUGACACUUUGCAGUCGGUCCUGAGCUUACACGCUCCCGUGAAACAAAUUAAACUCCGGAGCAGACCGUGCCCUUUUGUGAACCAGGAAAUCAAGGAUCUCAUGAGAUCGCGAGAUCUCCUCCUGAAGCAAUUCAUACAGUCUCGCCAAGACACCGAGUGGAUAAAUUUCAAACAUUCCCGUGACUUGGUCAAGAAAAAGCUACAAGAAGCUGAAAGAGAUCACACCUUUGAAGAGGUCACAGCUAAUAAAAACAACUCUGGCUCACUCUGGAAAAUUAUUAAUCACGCCAUCCCCUCCAAAGAUAAGCAGAGACCAGCCUUUACAAAGGAUGUGACAGUCUUAACCAACGAAUUCAACCAGUUUUUUGCUAAAGUCGGCUUAAAUGCCGCUGACGCAGUACAGCGCUUGAGGGAAGAACAUAACAUCAUAGUCCGAGAUUUUUCAUCCGAAACUGGCAUAGAUACUACCUCUAUGGAAUUAUUCAAUUUAAGGACAGUGUCACGUGAAUUGUAACAUCUCUCCCAAUGAAUAAAUCUCCGGGUCCGGAUAAGAUCAGCGCUCGUGUACUAAAAGACUGUCUCCCUGUCAUACUGGGCCCUCUUACUGACAUCAUCAAUUGUUCUAUCCUUACUAGCACAUUUCCUGACAACUGGAAAGAGGCUGAGGUGAUUCCGAUUCUUAAAGACGGUGACCAUGAAAAAGCUGCCAACAACAGACCGUUAUCUCUGCUAGCCGUAGCUUUAAAGGUCCUUGAAAAGAUUGUUUUGAAUCAGUUCAGCGCCUAUCUCACGAAAAACAACCGCCUUACCUCACAUCAAAGCGGCAAUAAAAAAGCUCAUUCUACAGAGACCUUAAACAUCCUGCUCACGGAUAAGAUACUCGAAGCAAUGGAUAAAAAGCAGAUAACAGCACUAGUACUAUUAGAUCUAUCCAAGGCCUUCGACAGUAUAGACCAUGCAAGGUUGCUCCACAAACUCUCCAUCUUAGGAGCCUCACCCUCUACUGUCAAAUGGUUCAAGAGCUACUUAACUGGUCGCAGGCAAUACGUGAGAAUUGGCUCCACCCACUCUGACACUCUACCUAUAACUCACGGAGUUCCUCAAGGCGCAAUCCUAUCACCAUUGUUGUUCUGCAUUUAUCUCAACGAUUUACCCACGUCACCGACUUUUUGCAACCUAGAAUCGUAUGUGGAUGACUCAAAGCUAUUCAUGUCAUUUCCUCUCGUUGAGCUUGUUGCUGCCAUUGAAAAGCUCGAACAAGACCUUCACAGUGUAGCUCAAUGGUGCUGUGAGAACCAUCUACUUAUCAAUCCCGAUAAAACUAAACUCCUUUUCCUCGGUACUAGACAGAUGUUAAGCAGGUUACUAGAAGACCCUGAAGUGGUAUUCUUGGGUAAAACACUGAAGCCAACAGACUCUGCCAAGGACUUGGGAGUCUUUCUUGAUCCCCAUCUGACCUACGAUCACCAUAUUUCAUGUGUAGUGUCAUCUUGUUUCGCAAAGCUUUGCCAAAUAAAUAGAGUCAAAAGGAGCUUCGACAAGGAAACACUAGAAUUGUUAAUAACAUCAUUAGUCUUUAGCAAGAUGCUUUACUGCUCAUCUGUAUGGUCUAAUACUACACUCCAGAAUAUAAACAGAUUACAAUCUAUUCAGAAUUUUGCCAGCAAGAUCGUAACAAACUCUAGGAAGUUUGACCACGUAACACCUUUGCUUCGAGAGCUAAACUGGCUUCCUGUUAAAGAACAAUUAUUCUAUAGAGACUCCGUUUUGACCUUUAAAUGUCAGAACGAUCUUGCGCCUCAAAACUUAACGAGCAAGUUUACCAAGCGCUCAAAUAUACAUACUCGUAACACUCGUACACGGAACUCUUUGCAGAUUCCGUUAUACAAAACGGCUAUAGGCCAGCGCACAUUUUCCUACAGAGGGGCCUACAUAUGGAAUAACUUGCAUAAUGAACUUAGGCAAAGUGCCUCAUUGGCAUCUUUCAAGCGCGCCCUGAAAGACACACUAUUGAGGCAGACAUUUCCUUCAUAAGCGUUAGAUUUUAAUAGAAUACCAUCAUAAAUUGUUGAUUUCGAGUUUUUAUUGUUACUUUUGCUUUUAUAAAUUGGAAAUAGUUUGUAAAUAGUUCCUGAAAAACCUCACGAGGAUGUUACUAUUAAAGUUAUUAUUAUUAAGUUAUUAUUAAGCCACAGUGAUACCAGCAGCAGUUUCCAAAGCUUAACCAGAUUCAACAAGCAAGUAAUUUUCUGUGUCUUUACUGCGGCUUAUAUUGACGCCAUAGUCUAGCUGAUUAUAGCUAAACCAUUCUGAAUCCAUUUACAGGGUGUCCCAUAAGUUCGUUCCUCUAAAUUUUAUAAGUCUAUUUUUUCAGUACGAUUGGACUUGGUAAGCAAAUCAUUUAAAAUAAAAAAAAGUUGUGUCUUUCAAUCUAAUUCACUAUUUUCAUACUUGUUGUGCCAUCUUUUGACUCCAAUAUUCGAUUUGUGUACUUCCGCGCCAAAGGUGCGAGUACGGAAGUAUAUUUUCCAGCCAGAUAUUUUUUUGUAUUUUAUAACACGAAUUGCUCGAACUCCUUCCUUGUUUGUUGUGAAGACCAAGAAAGAUAAACCCCCUUAAUGCAAAAACGUUCUGCUACGUGAGAGCAAAAUCAUGUAUACUUCGAUUUAAUGGCUUAUCUGUUGUAGAAACUGCUAAAAAAAAACUGGAAAAAUCCGAAUGUUGGGGUGUAAAAUGAUCACGGAGAAAUGAAGGUCUUGAAGACAAGAAACGAAUGGGAAGACCAAAAGUCCUGAAUAAAGCAGCUAAAAAGGUUUUAAAGAAGGCUGGAUACAAAAUAGGAGACUCGACGAGGAAGCUUUCACAUAGUUAGUAAGCCAAGUCCAAAAAGGGUCAUAAAAAGCUGUUUAAAAUUAGAAGUCCUUGAGACGGCAAAAUAAAACAUCUGCUUAGUCUGCCAAGUAACGGCCAGCUCGUCUCAAAUUAUAUUCUUAAAGAAUUACAAAAGCCUUGCUUUGGAAGGGGGCAGGGAUGAUGUCUUUUUUGGGUGAAUGCCCAAAUAUCUAUUUUUUUUCAGCUGCCUAAACUAAACAAAUAUUGUUUGGGCGUUGAACUGGCUCCUGCUCACUAGGUGAUAAAAAAGCUCAAAAUGGAUCAUCCUUGGGUCUGCACGCUGUAUCCCACUUCAUGUCGCAACGGUUACAGAUUGUGAUAAAAAAAAGGGCAUGCCAGUUACUGAAAUUCUGAAUAAAUGUACUCGAUAGAGUAAAGUUUUGAUCAAAAGUUGUAGUGCAUGAAAUUAGUAGCCUCCCCGCAGACGUCCUUUGGGGUUCGUUGGUCACGGAUUCUUUUCUCCUCCACGAACGUCUGCUAAACACAGCCGACAUUUACGUUCUAGUUUGUUUGAAUAAGCCAAUAAGCGAUUAGUUAUUGUGUCACGAUCAGCCAAGAACGAGCUGUGAUACAAGUGAAACGCGACGGCACCUAAGAAUUAUUUCUCGCUUUUUAAGAAGAAUAUUUAUUCCAUGCCUAUGCAUGGAUGAGACCUCGAAGAAAGUUAUAAGAAGAAAUUUAUUUUUCUUUUCUUUGCAGCUGUAAUUUAGGAAAGGACCAAGUUCGUGUGUUUAGAAAAAGCGCAGUCGACAUCGCAAGGCUCAUCAAACGUGCUCUGGACGUUGAUGUGUCUUUGUAUUCUUCAAGUGAAUUAUUUAUUUGCACAGCUAUCUUCUACAUGAGACGACUCAAACGUUUUGAAAAAAUCACAGAAAUGAUGCAAUAAAGCUGUAGUCAGCUGUAUAGUUUUUUCGGAAGUUGUUGUAAGUAUAAAAUAAUCUGCUUUUCUUUGAAAGACUUCAGACAACAGUCUCCCACAAAAGCGCGGUGCGGUUUUCAGCGCGAUCGAAAACGAUUACUAUUAACUCUGUAUAUAUUCGAAGUAUUAAGAAAAGAGAACUUGUAAACGUGUAUAGGGAAGAUUUUCAAAGCGUUCUUCGAAAACAAAGGCUGUUUCCUUUUUUGCGAAAUGUAAUUCGACCAAGGUCAUGGGUCGCGGACCAGGGACCACUACGCGAAAUUUGGUUAUAUUUUUUCAAGAGUCGGUAAAACAAAAAAAAUUCGAAGUCUACAAUGUGCUUUCAACAGCAGAAAAAGGUUUAUCUGAAAACGGCACUUCUUCUCGUCGCGUUUUAUUUAUUCACAAGCUAAGUAAACAUGACCACGGUGCCGCCGAAGUCCAAACUUCAAGCUAGAACGACAAAUAACCUACUUGUCAACAAACUUUAAUCUCGCCCCUUCAAAGAAAGAAAGAAUGCUUAUAAUCAAUAACUCAUUGAACCUUUCAUUCUUCAUUGUAUUUUACUUCUCAACGAAAUAUUUAAUCAUGCUUGGAAAAGUCGCGGACCAAGGACCACAUACUAACUGUACAAGUCACUCGCAAACAUUUAGCUACCUUUCCUCCACCGAUCGAUCUUCAACCAAGCUUCUGGGCUUCCGUAAACAACAGAGAAAGCCCCUCUCCCGACAACCCUCAUAUUCUCUUCGCUAAUAUCACUGAGCGUUACAGCAGAAAUACCAAUAUUUUCCAGCUUUGUAGCUUGAUCUUUCAUAAGAUUUAUCAGGGGCGAAACAACAACAACAAUAAUGUACAGUAUACGUAGUUCCACGCACUGUGUCUCAAACAAGCGGCCAAGCUUGAUAGAUAAGGGAUUUGCCAAAUCCUACCGGCAAAUUUAUGAACUCAUCGAUCUUCGCUAUAAAAUUUGCAGGAUAACUUCUCUCUGAUACUUGUUUAACUCUGUAUUAAUUACAAAUUUCUCGCACACCCGAUCAAAAGCCUCACUGAUCGUGCGAAUUAACAAGCGGCUCGGGUUACGUUUUACAAAAAUCCGUAAACGGCCUGUGAUUGGUGAACGUAAAUGUUGGCUGUGUUUAGCAGACGUCCGUGGCGGAGAAAUGAAUCCGUGACGAACGAACCCCAAUGGACGUCUGCGGGGAGGCUAUGAAAUUAGAGGAGCGAACUUUUGGGACACCCUGUAUACCGCCCGAAAGGUGUAACUAUCUACAUUUGAACCCCUUUAAUACAGACACUGUUCUGAGGCCGCCACGGAUAGUACGUAUGAAUGACAAUAGCAGGAGAGGUUGAGUAUCACGCUUACAUUAAACGGCAAAGGCGAAAUUGUACCACGUGAUCAAGUUUCCUCUUCAAUCGGCUGUUCAUAUUUCAACAUAUGAAUCAGUAGUUUCACGCACUUGGUAUCCAUAAGAAUUGUUUUAAGCUGCUUUUAUCUGCUCAUUUUCUUUUUGAGAAAUUCUCGACUUGAAUCUGAUGUUUGUCGUUUGCCGUAUAGGUAAUGCUUUAACUCACUAAUAUCUCUUGCCUGUGCCGUCUUCUUUCCUCAUUUUUUAUUACAACUUCAAUCUUUACCUAUAAUUUUUCUUUUAUUUUAGUUUAUUAAAUGUGACCCUUUUCCAUUAGAGCGGAUUUCUAACUCCGCGCAUAAUGAAACAAAUUAAAACUCGUUAAUUAUGUUUUUAUUCCAGCGUCAUUGUCAGAAAUGACAACUGUCCUCAACCCAUUGGAAGCAUCAUCGACUGCCUCAACAACUGCCUCAUUACAGCCGAUAAGUCCGGGUAUGUUCUUAAAAGCACACUAUAUUCCAUAUUUCACAAAUAGGUGCCGUUACACUAGCCUUCAAUGUUUACAACAACGUUUACCGCGAUACCGGGUUCCAUAUUCUUGUUCUUGGUCAUACUGAAUGUUGACUUAUCUUAUUUGCAAAAGUGUACAGAAGUUUUUCAUAAGAGUUAAGAAAACAAGAACCUGUUUCAGAUUUUAGGCUAAACAGGUACUCAUAUACAGGAGGCUUAACUGGCAAAUUUUUUAGCCUAACAGGCUCUUAAAAUCCAGGUUCUUAGUCGCGGGGUUUUCCUAUUAAUAUUAAGUGACAAGCGAGGUGUGGUUUAAGAGUUACGAGCUACCUAAGAAUUUAAGUACUACCUUGUUUUCUAUUUUCCUAUCAUGUUUGAUAGCGAUUGUACUUUUGACCAGUCAAAAAAAUAUAAUGGAAAAGGUCAAUAAUCUAACAGGGUCUAAAUGGAGUUUACUAAUUAUUGCCAUUUGCCAAUAAUUUUUAGUGUUUGGUGUUAAAUUAGCCAAUCUUUUAAUGUUUACUGUUUGCGGAGAAAAUACUGUUAAGUGAUUGGAGAGUUUUCGUGAAUCACCGAGAGUUUUUUAGCGUUGUCAUUUCUUAUCGGCUCUUUGAAAAAACGGUCAUAAAAUCACUCAUGGAUUUCGAGCCCAUGCUCAAAUUAAAGGGGCUGUAGUGUCUCUUUUUGACCCAUGCGCAACAGUAUCUUUCUUGUCUGGGGAGUACUGGGGACCAAUCUCGUAUCAAGCGCUCACGAUCCUUUGGUCAGCGUCGAGGGCGAAGUCGAAACAUCAUGGUGGCAUCGACAGGAUUUCCCUCUCUCACUGAAAAAUCGUAUCUGUGCCUGUAACUGUCUCCACAACGGUCCAGGCCGCUACAUCUCCGGACCAUUUCAUCGUAACUUAGAGUAACGCAACUGCCUCUACGGCUCUUAAGACCGCUGUUUCUCCAAGCAAUUUUUUUUUUGAUUCAACAUCGCACAAUUUAAUAAUACGGCUUUGCAAGCUUGGCUCUCCGGGCUAAGUACUCCUAAAUAAGCAUGCCAAUAAUUGAUUCCACAGCUUUCCAAACCGCCGAUUCUUCGGGUAAUUUAAUCAAAAUUCAAUAUAACACAAUUGUUUCUGGUUCUCCGCGCCACAAAAUUAUAAGUCAACAUAACACGACUUUUUCUUCGGUUCUAUUCACUGCAACCUCUCACGGAAACGCUUGCUACAUGUACGCAAGCUAUCGGCUCUCCAUGCCGCUGCCUGUCUGGGCCACGUAAUCGUUAUAAUAAUUGAACAAAGCAAAAAUUGAUUCUACGGUUCUUCAGACCGCUGGUUCUCCGGGGCAUUCAAUCACAAUUGGGCGUUCAAUCACAAUUCAACAAAGCACAUUUGUUAAUCACAAGUCAACGUCUGUACAAAAUCGCGUGGAAAACGCUUGCUACGCACAACACAAUUGAUUUAUGGAAUCUCCAGGCCGGUGGAUGCUAAGACCGUCGGCUAUUCUGCGGACUCCUCAGGCCACUAAGUCAGAGUUUAACAAAACAGACUCGUCCACGCAGCAGCUCUCUCCUCUCUGAGUUGUAUAAGCGCAAAUCCACCCUUGAAAAAAAGUAACACGAGAAACAAAUAUGCAAAUGAAAAACAUUCAUAAGAUAGCACGCAAAUAGGCAGAUAAGAGACAAUGGCACUUAUAAGCCAGUUCCAACUGCGCAAUGAGGUAAUAAACAAACAAAAAAGGACGCGACAAAAGAAAAAUAAGAGCAAAGUGAUGGCACAAAUAGCAAGCAAAACGCUAAAUAUCCCAAACUGACUAGACAAGCAAGAAACCUACUCGAUGAAAACAAAACAGAAAGUGAACAAGCGGAGGAAACGAGCAAAACUAAGGUGGGUGCAAGACGUAACAAGAAAUUUGAUACAUAUUCCAACAAUAAAAAGUGAACACGAAACUGACCUUGCUACCAGACCUCACCAAGAGCUUACCUCUGGAGUGACCGGUGAAAAAUUGGCAGGCAAAAAUGGCAAAACGUGGGGUCACAUGUAAGUUCUCUAACAGCGGCUGGUGGCGGUUGAAACCACAGCGAAAAUUUGGAAGUUACUUCCAUUGAACUCCAUUCAACCGGCCAAGAGGCGAGCAAAAACCGAGCAGUUCUAAGCAAGGGCCUCAAUGCAUCAUGCCAGCAGCGCGCAGGUCCAACACGACGGAAUUUAAAGUAGUUACUCCGCGUCAAGGGCCAAUUAUGUAUGCAGUGAGAAUAGUAUUAACGUUAUCUUCCAGAGGAUAAAACAGGCAAUCUAUUUAAGAGAUCUGUUGAGGGUAAAAACUUUACAAGCAUUACUUGCAAUUGUUUUAUUAAAUUUAAAAAAAGUUGCCAAGAAUAAUUUAUCACCAAAAGUGACAAGAAUUUUGUGGUGGUUAAAUUAAGUCGAACAUAACUGAAAAACAUUUUCCUUUGAUGGCAGCGCGAACUUCCUAUCUUUUCUCUCCCUCUCUCUCUUUCUCCCCCUCUGCGCUGAGAGUCUAGGGAGGAAAGGUGGCUUUUAAUUGGCUAGGAUAUGUUGCUUAUUUUUAAUACUGCAUAAUAUCGUAACGUAAGGCACAUGCUGGAGGAAUGAGGGGGUUCAACCAUCCCUCCUUGACAUCCAGUGGGCGGUGGGGGUAUGCGUUUGCAUGAACAUCCAAGGGUUAAAAAACACCAACUUAUAUACAUUUAUAAACAACUUAAUUUUUUUUUAAAUUUGUUUUCUUUGCUUUUCUUUACUUGAUUCAGCGUUGUGUGAAUCGCAGUGGACAAGUUUUGGGUCUUCGUGUUACAAACUGCACACAUCACCCCAGAACUGGAACAAUGCCAAACUGAACUGCCAAAAUUUUGGUGGUAACUUAUUGAAGAUUGAAACCAAGGAGGAAAGUCGAUUUAUCACAAGAAAAUAUUUCAGUGAUGAAGGUCGCUACUGGAUUGGACUUUCUGACUCCUCUAAUGAAAACGAAUGGAGAUGGACUGACGAAACCGGAUUAACUGGUUUUGAAAACUGGAGAAGAGGCCAGCCGAAUAAUUUUUGGAACCAAGACUGCGUAGCAAUGCUAAAGGGAACGUACCAUUUGAUACAUUAUAACGCAGAAUGGAACGACGAAGACUGCUCUUUGACACUGGGAUACAUUUGCGAAAAAAAAGUGAACCUUUUACUGGUUUCUUGAUAUAACUUGGAUCCACCAAGUUGGCGCGCUGAGAGUUAUUGCAACCAGUUUUCAAAUAUAUUUGUACCGAAUCUGCU